AUGUCCUAUAAAAAUUAUAGUUCAAAUACAUCAGAAUCAGAUUUAAAUGAAUUAUCUUUUUCAUUAUGUGAUUCAAAUGAUGAACAGGAGAUUCACUAUGAAGAACUAGGAGAAUUGAAAAAUGCCAUGAUCAUUGGAUCAGAUAGAAAUUUUAAAAAUUUACAUUUGUUAAAUGGUACACAAACAAUAGUGGCAAGCACAUCAGAAUCUUUAGUGACAACAACCUUCAUGAAUACAACAACAACAACAACAACAACAUCAUCACGAUCAAUGGUCUCAUCAUCAUUAUCACCAGAGGGAAAAUUGACUAUGAAUAAAGAUGGAACUGAGAGAAAAGGCUUGACUACAACAAAACAUGAUCGUCGUAUGGCUAAACAAAUGACAGAACGUAAACGACGUGAUCGUAUCAAUGCAUUGCUGGAUAAUUUGAGGACACUUAUAUUGAAAUUAUUACAUAAAAAUCCACGUCAUCAUCGUAAAUUAGAAAAAGCUGACAUACUAGAAUUGGUUGUUUCAUUUCUUAAAAAAGAAUUAAAUCAGAAUCGUUUAAAAACAACCUUGUUCGAAUCCCAACAGCAACAACAACAAUUACAAAACAAUUGUAGACUAAUGUAUCCAUUUCAAAAUUCAAAUUAUCCUACAAAAAUUGAAUCAUCAUCCUCAGCAGUCCCCUUAGUUUAUCCAAAUAAUAAUCAUCACCAUCAUCAAAAUUAUUAUUAUCCAAAUCGUUUGUUAACAUCCAUUCCACAAUCAUCAAGUCAUCAGUCAAUCAAUAAUUAUUAUUUUGACAAAAACAAUGAUCAUCAUAAUAAUAAUCAUUCAUCAAAAAUCAAUAAUUAUCCCUUGUACAAUUAUACUCAACAGAAUAUAACAAGUACUGAUUCAACAAUACCAUAUCAAUCAUCCUAUACACAACAACAACAACAACAUCAACACCAUUCACUUCCAACCACAAACUAUUCUCAAUUAAUCAAUUAUCAACCAUCAAUCAUGUUCACAUCCACAGAUGAUCUGAAUAAGGAAAAUCAAUACAUAACUGGUAAUGAACAUCUGCAAACUGACCCAAAUGUAUUGAUCAAAAAAGAUACAUCCUAUUAUCCAACUUGUAAUUGUGAUGAAAAUAUGCCUGAACAAGAUGUGGAACGUCAACCAUUGAACCCAUUGAACAACAAUAAUAAUAAUAAUGAUAAUAAUUUGAUUGGUCAACAUAGUUAUUACCAAUCAAAUCCAACAGUAAUCAGUCGAUCAUAUCUUCAACAGCAACACCACCAUAUUCAAUCGACUCCACAUUCAAAAAUGUAUCCAGAUUUAUUAAAUAGUCAUUUAAAUUAUAAAUCAUCAAUAAUGAAAGAUGAAAAUUAUUCAAAAUCUAAUUUAAACAACCAUUAUACUAAUGGAAAUCAAUCGUUUGGUAGUCUGAAUCAUGGAAAAAACAAUAGUGAUGAUAGUAAAAAUAAUAAUAAUAAUAGUUCAGUUUUAACUAUGAAUAAUGAAAGAAUAUGUUUAACAGAAUCGACAAGUUUUGAACGAUUAUGGAGACCAUAUGUAUGA